CAUACGUGUAACUUAAUGACAGUUUUGUUUUUUUCCAGAAUUAUAGAUCAGCGGUUUGAGAAAGUUUCUUAUUUCGUCUUUGGAGAUUUCAACUUUAGACUGGAUGCCAAAGCAGUAGUAGAGACGCUAUGUGCGAAGGCUACAAUGCAGACUGUCCGGGCAGCUGACACAAAUGAAGUAGUCAAGCUAAUAUUUCGUGAAUCCGAUAAUGACCGAAAGGUUAUGCUACAAUUAGAAAAGAAGCUGUUUGACUAUUUUAAUCAAGAUGUUUUUAGAGAUAACAAUGGCACUGCGCUUUUAGAAUUCGACAGAGAGCUGUCAGUCUUUAAGGAUAGAUUGUAUGAACUGGACAUCUCAUUUCCUCCCAGGUAAGAUUCAUGUAUAAUCCAUCUAUUAAAC